GCGCUUCUCCCGCGAGGAGUUCCGCGUGAAGUGGCGGGAGCGGCGGCUAUGGAGGCGCGGGAAGCGAAAGAAGCGCAGGUUGCUGCGUGGUUGAAAAAAAUAUUUGGCGAUCAUCCCAUUCCACAGUAUGAGGUGAACCCACGGACCACAGAGAUUUUGUAUCAUCUUUCGGAACGCAACAGGGCCCGGGACAGGGACGUCCACCUAGUCAUAGAGGACUUGAAACAGAAAGCAAACGAGUAUGAAUCCGAAGCCAAGCAUCUUCAAGACCUUCUCAUGGAGAGUGUAAAUUUCUCUCCUGCCAAUCUCUCCAGCACCGGUUCCAGGUAUCUGAAUGCUUUGGUUGACAGUGCACUGGCUCUUGAAACAAAGGAUACCUCACUUGCUAGUUUUAUCCCUGCAGUGAAUGAUUUGACAUCUGAUCUUUUUCGUAUCAAAUCCAAAAAUGAAGAAAUCAAGCUUGAAUUGGGAAAACUUGAAAAAAAUCUAACUGCAACUUUAGUAUUAGAAAAAUGUCUACGAGAGGAUCUCAAGAAGGCAGAACUGCAUCUGUCUAUAGAAAGGGCCAAAGUUGACAGUCGUCUUCAGAACAUGGACUUCCUGAAGGCAAAGUCAGAGGAGUUCAGAUUUGGCAUCAAAGCUGCAGAGGAGCAGCUCUCAGCCAGAGGCAUGGACGCUUCUCUGUCUCAUCAGUCACUAGUUGCACUGUCGGAGAAACUAGCAGAACUAAAACGACAGACUAUACCUUUGAAGAAAAAAUUAGAGUCCUAUUUAGACUUAAUGCCGAAUCCAUCUCUUGCUCAAGUGAAAAUUGAAGAAGCAAAGCGAGAAUUAGAUGCCAUUGAAGCUGAACUUACAAAGAAAGUAGACAUGAUGGAACUGUGACCAGAGCCAAAUAAACAUCCUUUUCCCUAACAAAGUACAUUGAGUAGGACUUAAAAGGACUUUUUUUUUUUUUUUUUUGCUCUUGGCAUUCCUUUAAAAUAUAAUUUCUAUGUUCUUAGAUGAGAUAAUAAUGUAAAUAUUGAUAGAAUGAUGGUUUCUGGCUGUGUAUUGUAUUUUCGUGCUCCAAUACAGGUUUCGUAUUGAAAAGCAUUUCUCUCA